AUGGAAGAUACAGAAUACAAAGGCACCGAUGUCAGUUUUCCAGGUCCCGAGUCCAGUAUCGCUCCAGAUAUAGGUAAAUCUGUCAAAUCCCCCAAAACAAAGAAAAAGAGAUCACUAUUAGAAGAUGAUUUCUUUUCUCUAAGCAGCACCAUAGAUAAGAAAAAGGGCAAAAAGCAUCGGCACAAGAAACAUAAGCUGCCAAGUGUAGACUCAACGGCACCAGAUACGGCAAUAUCACAAGCAUUGGACCAUUCUCCGGAAAUUAAUGAUAAUAGCUUUAAUGAACUAACCCCAGCUUCAGCACUUACUUCGGUAAGCACAGAACCAGAUGUAGAUGUAAACGUUCCAAUACAAUCCAGUUACAAUUCGUUAGUUGGUGAUGAAGAUAUUGCGAUUGUUUCCAUUGAAAAACUAAGUGUUGCCGCUCCAAACACAAACAAAUCAGCUAAAUCAACUACGUCUUUGUCGCCUAAACGUACGACAACAGGAACAAGAAACGUAUGGAAUUCGCCGGCCAGUAGAACUAGAAGUUCAAUUGCUAAUGAAAACGAGGUAGCACUUGAAGAAGAGGAUGAAGAAGAUGAGGAAGAUGAUGAGCUACAUUUCUUUGGUAGUAAACCAACGCACACUAUCAGUAAACCUGAUGGAAAAUAUAGCUUUGGUGAUGGAAAUGAGAAAAAAAGAAAAUACAUCAUUCGGGUGUAUAGCAGGCUAACUCUACCAGAUGGAGAAACUGAUUGCUGGGCCGAUUUCGGCACCAAAGGUACUAAGGGAUUCGAUAAAAUACUAGCUUCGGUGCUUGAUCACUUUCGAACCAAAUUCAGAUCUAACUUACCUCCCGAAGAUCUCGCUUUGUACAGUGCCUCCAAUGCUGCAUUGGUGUGGAUAGAGGGCAGGAUGGAAAUGAAAUCGUUCUUUAAGCCAAGCACUUUGCGUAUCCCACCACCUCCUUUGUAUGAUAUCUUAGAGAAUGAUGUAGAGAAGAUGGAACCAACCAAGUUGAAUUGUCUCUUGAUUCCAAAGCGUAAUGCUUUGUUCUUUCAGAGUCUUUAUCCUGAGUUCCAGUCUGAGAAGGAGGUCGAAUCCAAUAGAACGGUACCAGAGCCAGAAGAUCUGAUUGCAGAAGUGGAGCCUUGGGUAGACACAAUCGAAGAUGAAGACGACUAUGAAGUUACGCAGAUAAUAGAGGACGAAACAGAGGCAUAUAAAAAAGGCGAAGACCUGUUCUUUGUCAUAGGGCUCAAAGGAAAAGACAAUAAAAGAAUUAAUGUGCAAGUGUCUCAAGAUACGCUUCUUCGCAAGCUUCUAUUGCAUUAUUUGAAAGAGAAGAAGAUUGACGAAAAAACAGUCGAUAUGAAGAAAGCAAAACUCAUUUUCGACGAUGAGCCCAUGGAUUUGGAUGGUAGGGUGGGUGACACAGAAUUGGAAGAGGAUUUUGAAGUUCAGGUUGUAAUAUAA